UUUGGAGUCCGAGAGCCGGGCUCAUUUAGUUUUGGCAAAGGGAUCGUAGCUUCCGCUUGAAGACUUGGCCUCUCUUCCUUCCAAGCUGGGAGACCAGAAGUCAACACAUCGAGGGUGGGGUGGCUGGAUGUGGCAACCCGCUGAGAUUCCUUCCUCCCGGAGCCCACGAUGGAGAGCUGGCGGGCACUCUUUCGUCUCUCGUUCCUGUGUUUUCUGAUGCACGCCCGAGGUCAAAGGGACUUCGACUUGGCUGACGCUUUGGAUGAGCCCGAACCCACCAAGAAGCCGAGCUCAGAUAUCUACCCAAAGCCGAAACCCCCCUAUCGCCCGCAGCCUGGAAUUCCCGACAGCGGCGGAAAUAUCUACCCAAGACCAAAGCCUCCGCCUCGUCCGUAUCCUGGCACUUCCGACAACAGUGGAGGUUUCUUUAAUGACGUGGACCGGGACGAUGGUCGCUACCCGCCCAGACCCAGGCCGCCGGCAGGCGGAGACGGAUAUUCAACCUACGGCAACCAGCACGGCAACACAGUAGCGAAAAUCGUGUCCCCCAUCGUGUCGGUCGUGGUGGUUGCGCUGGUGGGCGCGGCAGCCAGGUAUUUCCAACGCAACAGGACAAGAAAUUGUUUCAGGACAAAUGAACCAGAGAAUGUCUGAGCACGAGAUCCACUGGUCAAUUGGAGGAAAACUCAAUCAAGACAAGAACCCCGUUUAUUGCUCCUGUGGAAUGUUCCUUUCUUUCCUGGCGUAACCCGCUGUCAUAAAGUGUUUUCUCUCCUGUUUGAAAUAGAUGAGCUGCCUAACAAAGAACGCUGAACUUGUUGGAUGUGGUGCAUUUAUAAAGAUAAGUUAGACAGUUAGAUCAUGGGUAGCAAAAGGAUUGCUUGAUGUGAUGGUUCCAUCAUUUGGACAGAGAGAUUCCGACUCUGCUCUGAGCUCCCAAACUACCUCAUGGUGCCACACACGCAAAUGUUUAUCCCCGACGACGUUGUCACAAAGCACAAUGGCAGCAGAAUGGCAUGAGUAUUGGGUGAGGAUGUUCUUGGCUUUUGAGAGACAAAGAAUGCUGUUGGGGUUUCCAACAAGCAGUGAUGGGCAGCUUGAGCCAUGGCACAGAAACCCUGGGGCAUUCACCAUUGGGAGUGAAGUAGGAAUGAAUGAUUCUCUACAUUAGCAACAGAGUUUGACCAUCAUUUCAGCUCCCACCUGUCUGCAUAUAAAAUUAUCAUUACCUGCAGACAGAAGGCUGGAUGUUGGCAUUUUAAGUGCAAAAUCGCUGAUGUUAAAACCACCUCAGGGAAUCGCUCUGGGGAUACAUUUUCCUGCAAAAUCUUACGGUUUCAACGUUUUUUUUGGAAAAUAGGGAGUAGAAAUAGUGGUUUGCAGAGGUUGAGACUUUUCAUAUGAUUUUUAGUCUUUGACGCUCUGUAGGUGCCCGUCCUUAAGUCAUCGGCGUUGUUUUCCUCUGUUGAUGCUUUCUCUUUUUACUGGAGCAGAAAAUCUCACAUCCUCAGACAUCGAAAAAGUAUACUAACUGCUUCUAUUUUAGUGACACUUUCGGGGAGAGGAAAAGGAUAGUUUGGGCAUAUUGGGAUACCUUGAUUCAACUAAAGUGGAGGUUUAUAGAACUUUUAGAUGAUGCCCUAAAUGUCAGAACCAAAAAUGAAGGUGUUCCUUGCAAUCUGGAACUCCUACAGAGACCCAUAAAAAUCCCAAAUAUGCUGCCUUAUGCUCACCAUGAUGAAUUGGGGGCCAGGUCUCCAAAGACAGAGUUGAAAGCAGAAAGCGUUUGAAAGAGCUUCCCAAAUUGAAAAAGAACCUAAAAUGAGUGAUCCCGAUGAGAUGUCUCAGAAUCGCAUGCCUCAGGUCAUGAAUUUACGUACGAUUUGAUAUAAAUGUUCCCUAACGCUUCUCACCUCUUAGAGAGGAUUUCCCACAAGUGAUGAAACCUCAUGCCCACUAAACAUUUUCCAUAUAUGAGCUUCAGUGUGAGUUCGACAUAACUCUUGUUAAAAAGUGUGUGUGUGUGUUUGUGUAUGUACACACACAUUCACACAUACACAUAUACACAUAGAUGGAAUUUAAGCAUUUUUAAAGAUAGAUCCGUUUUCUGUAACUGUCAUG